AUGACUGUGAAUAAAGAACUAAGGGAUAUUCUAUCUGGUUACCAUGAUAGGAUAAAGUCGAAGAUAUGCGAAAACAAGCUCGACGAAGCCAUCUAUCUGGUCGACUCGUUGUGUGCAACAUUUAAGUCUCCAUCCAGCCCCUAUGACCGAUCGUCUUGCACUCCAUACAGUAACGAGGUUUCCGAAAAAUACGGAAUUGGAGAAUAUAUAAAUGCAUCUUUCGUCCCAGCGCUCGGGACACUGUUCAUAGCAGCCCAAAAUCCAAAAGACGAAAAGAAAGAUGUCUUCAUUGAUCUUCUGGUUAAGUCAAACACAAGUCUAAUCGUUUCACUCAUAAACGAUCCAAAGUAUUUUGAAGAGGAGUGGCUUAAGGACAGAAAAAUCAUAAAGUAUAUGGGGAAGGAUUUGUUUAUCGAUGAGACAUAUGAUGUCCAAGGAAGGGACAUAAGGAGACUUCGAUAUAUCAACUGGGUGGACUUCUCAGUAAUCACUCGUGAAGAAAUGGAGCAGUUCCAUUCUCACUUCAAUAAGGUGCGUACAGACACAGUGGUUGUACACUGCAUUGCUGGGGUUGGGAGAACGGGCACAUUCAUUAUGUAUGAUAUUCUCAAGAAAAUGGAAAAUGUUACAUUGGAUAUGUUUGUAGACGUCUUUUUAAACCUUAGAAGUAAGAGAGCACAUCUUGUAACAAACAAAGUUCAGCUUGAAUUCUUAAAAAGCAUUUUUCUAGGAAACUAG